AUGAAAGUUGAGGAAUGGGAUUCACAAACGAGCGAGGAAGAGAAAGAUAAAGUUAUCUUGACUUCUCUUUACAAUGAUCUCCUUGGUCGUACACCACAAUUCGACGAGUCUCCAAAAUCGAUAGAAACCGAAGACAAUGAGAAGACUUUUGAUGGCAAUUUUAACGGCGAAAAAGAAUCAAUGGUUUGCAACUGUGAAUCUGAUGGUAAAGAAGAGACGAGAGAGGAGGAGAUGAGUAAUUUUAAUGAAUAUGGGAUUACAGAGAUUGAGAGAAACAAAAGGUUAGAAAGUUUAAUAGCAAGAAGAAGAGCAAGACGACUCUUUAAGCUAGCGUUAAAUCAACGUAAUAAGCUUCAAGCUGGAGAAACAACAAGCUCCACAAAUAACAACAACAACACCCUUCAAAUUACAGUUUCAAGGAACAAAAAUCGAAAUUAUUCAUCAGACAACAACACCAUUAUGGGAGUACAAAUGCCAGGUUCAGCUCCUUCUGUGUUGUUACAAGGAAGAAAUCCAUUUGAUAUUCCUUAUGAUCCUCAAGAGGAAAGGCCUAAUCUUACUGGUGAUAGUUUUGAUGAAGAGUUUUCAAUGUUUAACCAUCAAGAUAUGUUAUUUUGUCGUCAUGAGAGUUUCUGCCGAUUUUCGUUGUUUUCACCACAACAUACUCAAUGUAUGAACAGUCCAGCUUCUACUUCAGAGAUUUCAACUAUGAGAAAACGCUUAGAUUUGGACAAUGAAUAUAUGGAUCAUACUGAACGAAGCGUCGAAAAUGGAAAAAACGAAGAAAAAGAGGUAGAACUGAAUGAGGAAACAUAUUCAAACAAAGAAGAAGGUGAUGAUUCAAGUAGUUCAGAAGAAAGUGAGUCAGAACUCAGUCAUCUGAAUAGCAUAGAGCUCAGAGAAACUAUUUGCCACUCCAUGGAUAAUUAUCCUGGUUUUGUUGUGAAUCAAACAAGGAGUAGUACUAUUCCAAGCCAACUGCCUAAAGCUACAAUAGCGCCAAGGCUAGAUGAUAACAACAUUUUCUACACUCGUAGAUGCGCAAAUUCUCACGGUCGAACAUUUUCCAUUGCCUCAGAUAUGCAAGUUGAAGUUUCAGAGAUUGGCUCACCUCCUACAACAGUUGAUUGGCUUGAUGACUGGUCUAACGGCGGAGAAUCUUACACAUAUGAUACAGAUAUUGACAGAGAAAUCGUUUACGGUGAAGAAACACGGAAUAGGCUCUCUGACCAAUAUGAAUCAAGAAGUGGAAUUGGAUCAAAAGAGGAAAGUAAUGGGUCAGGGGCAAAACUAGAUCAUAAAUGUGUGGUAGAUGAAAACCUAAGAGUGUCUGAUGAUACAUCAUUGUUAGAUAGAAAUGUCCAAACCAAAGAAGACGUCAAGCAAGUGGCCGUCGAAGUUUUUGAGCAGAAACGUUCAAGUUCUAGUGAUAUGUUCAAGCGUUCAAACUCUGGGAAAUUUGAAGGUUUGUUGUUUCAUACAAGUGUGUCACUGUCUUCAAUAACAGAAGAACCUGAAACAGUCUUAGACUCGAUCGAUGGGGGUAACUUGGAGAAUUUAAACUACAUAACUGAAGAAUCAGCUGACCCUAGAUCAUUGGUUUCUAUUAAUUCAUCCAUGAAGAAGUUGAUUGAUGCGGAACCAAACGAUGAUCUUUGUGGAUCUCCUAACAUGAUUGACUUAGGUAUGAUUAAUCAUCAACAGUGUAAUAACAUUCAAGGAGAACAUGUUACAAAGAUCAAUGUGAAUAAGUUUGAGAAAAUGGAACCAGAGGAAUAUGAGGCAAGUCAAAGCUUUUUGGAUGCUUCUUUGGACAGUUCCUAUAUAAAAUCAUAUGAAAGAGAGAUGGAAGAAGAAGAUGAACCAAACAUAGGAGUUUCUAUUGGGGAGAAAACAAAGCAUCCUGAAAAUGAGGCACUUCAAAGUGACUUAGAAAGUUCUCCAAGCCAUGUUCUUAUAGGAUUACUAGAAAGUGAGGUAAUUGAAGAGAAUAGACCAAAAUUACUCGAAAAUGUUGAUGAGAAAGUAGAGUCAGCAGAGCAAAAAAAAACUCAGAUCAUUUUUAAUAUUUCUUCGAGCCAUCCUCAUACAUAUUUACUUGAAGACGACAUAAAUAUAGAAAAUAGUAGCAAUGUGAGUUUUCUACAAGUCCAAAAAGGCAACAGAUCAACACUGGAUAAUUCAAGUGAUCAAGAGAUCCAUAAAGAAGGAGAAAGUUCAGGGUUAAUACAAGAUCUUUGUGCUAAAUUGACCGAAGAACACAACAAUGAUACGAGUGUAGGGGAAGAGUCAAUUGUUUCAACAGAAAUCCAGAAUUUACAAGAUUCACAAUCAAAGACUCAACAGUGCGGUAUAAAUUCUUCUGAAUGGAUAUCACCUAGAACAUUGGAGGUCACCCAACAACUAGAGCAUGAAGAUGUUAUUGUCCCAAACACUGUCGUUCAAAAGAUUGAAAAGAAUGAAUUUGUUACACUAGUUGAAGACUCAGCUGGUAAGAAGAACAAUGAUGAAGAGAACUUGCAACUUAAUUAUCAUAUUGGUGAAGCGAUAGAAAAAAAAUUAGACCUUGCUUUAAAACCAAUUCACGAGAGUAGUGGUUUAGUCGCUAGCAAAGACGAUGAAGAAUCCAAGAAAUCGGUUGAAGUAAUGGGCAUUGCACAAGCUGAAGCAACAAAAGAUGAUAAUAGAGUUUCAGACGACAUAAAUAUAGAAAAUGGUAGCAAUGUGAGAUUUCUACAAGUCCAAAAAGGCAACAGCUCAACAGUGGAUAAUUCAAGUGAUCAAGAGAUCCAUGAAGAAGAAGAAAGUUCAGGGUUAAUACAAGAUCUUUAUGCUAAAUUGACCGAAAAACACAACAAUGGUACGAGUUUUGGGGAAGAGUCAACUAUUUCAACAGAAAUCCCGAAUUUACAAGAUUCACAAUCAAGGACUCAACAGUGCGGUAUAAAUUCUUCUGAAGGGAUAUCACCUAGAAUAUUGGACGUCACCCAACAACUAGAGCAUGAAGAUGUUAUUGUCCCAAACACCGUCGUUCAAAAUAUUGAAAAGAAUGAAUUUGUUACACUAGUUGAAGACUCAGCUGGUAAGAAAAACAAUGAUGAAGAGAACUUGCAACUUAAUUAUCAUAUUGGUGAAGCGAUAGAAGAAAAAUUAGAUCUUGCUUUAAAACCAAUGCACGAUAGUAGUGGUUUAGUCGCUAGAAGACGAUGA